AUGGAUAAAAUAGUAAAGACUUCAUUAAUAACUGUAGGUCUUACAGCAGCAGCAUUAACAGCAAUACUUGUAUACCUCAAUCAAGAUGACAGCUCUGGUGAACGACAGGAAAUUAGAGGAGGUGCUAGCAGUAGUGGCAGUGAUGAAUAUACUUCAUCUUCAAAUAGUCAUGAAUUGUCAUCUGACACUUCUGAAGAAGGUAUGAAUUGUAGUAGUAGUAGUAGUAGUAAGGGAACAGUAUCAUCACCAAGGAAUAUACAUGAUUAUCUUAGAAUGUUGAGAUACGAUGAUUUCAGUGAUAGUUAUAUCAACAAAAAAUUAGAAGCUGCUCAAGUAUUAUUAUCAAUAAGUGCCUAUUCUGAGAGUUUUCCAAUGCUCGAAGAAUUGGAUGUAAUUAGUAAUAUAUUGGAAAAUAUGAACUAUAUACUAUCACUAGAUGUAACAAGUCCCGUUCAAGAUGUAUUAUUGAUAAAAUUGGGCUUAUUUUUAGGAAACCUUUUAGCCUCAAAGAACAGUCAGUUGAGAGUGAUCGAUAAUCGUUUUGUUCCAACUCUAUGUAAUUUAAUCAACGAUAAAAAUUUCGAAAGAUCUGACUUUUCUUUGUUAUGUUUACAGAAUUUAUCAUUAAAUGAAGAAGGAGGUGUAGAGAUUAUAAUAUCACAUGGAAUUGAUUCUUUUAUUCGACUAUUGGAAAGUUCAAAACCAAUCAAUCUAAAAAAACAAGCAUUACACACAAUUUUAAAUAUGUCAUUAAAUAGAAAAGUAAAGGUCAUGAUUGACAACAAUGAAGGUUUAUUAAGAGCCUUGAGCCAUUAUGCUACAUCUGGUUCUAAUCAGGAUUUGGUUAAUAUUACAACUAGGACUUUAUCAUUGUUGACAUCAAAUGAAGAAUAA